UUUUUGCUUUUCUUUUCUUCCAGGCAGCUCCACACUCCCACCAACCUGUUCCUCCUUUCUCUUGCUGUCUCAGAUUUCCUUGUUGGACUGCUGCUGAUGCCCAUUAGAAUCCUGCUGACUGGAGGCUGCUGGAUUUUGGGAAGCCUCAUGUGUUCUCUCUUUUACUACACCUCUUUUCUCCUCACAUCUGCCUCAGUAGGAAACAUGGUGCUCAUAUCAGUUGACCGAUAUAUAGCCAUCUGUGACCCUAUGAGUUACCAUGUUAAAGUGACACAAAGAAGAGUUCAAAUCUGUAUCUGUCUGUGUUGGGGCUGCUCUGCAUUUUACAAUGGUGUGAUAAUGAAAGACCAUUUGAUAGAUCCAGACAGAUAUAACUCCUGUUAUGGGGAGUGUGUACUUUGGGUUGAUUUUCUAGUAGGAACUUUUGAUGUCGUAUUCACAUUUCUUACUCCUGUUACAGUUAUUGUAGUUCUGUACAUGAGAGUGUUUGUGGUGGCUGUGUCUCAGGCUCGGGCCAUGAGGUCUCAAACUGCAGCUGUCAGGAUUCAAGGUUCAGUUCGCAUAACUGCUAAGAAGUCUGAGAGAAAAGCAGCUACAGUUCUUGGUGUUGUUGUAAUUGUGUUUAUAUUUAGCUUCUGUCCUUAUUUCUAUCCGGCUUUUGCAGGACAGAAAUUGUUGUCCAAAUUUGGAUUGGACAUGAUAUUGGACCUUGGGCAGGCGUGCCUGGCGUGA